AAAAUCACAACCUUUAUUUAUCCUGCACACAAAGUGUGAAUAGAUCCGUCUUGAAGGUGUUCAUGGCAUCGUGAUAAUAUUUGCUGUGAUCUAUUCUUAAUAUCUGUUCGAAAACAUGCACAACACGUUGAAUAAACACAUUUAAUGUAUCCUCAAUUAUCGACAAUAUAUAUAUAAAUAAAUGGAUAUGACAAAUGUAAACAACUAUUCUUAUUUUUUAUACAAGGUGUUUUAAAAGGAUGGACCCAAUUUCAAUGUAUACUGCUGUGAAAUUGGGUCCAUAUUUUUACAACACCCUGUACUUUGAUACUGGCAAAAAGGUCCCAUGGUGAAUUCUAUAAUUUUCCAAAGUAAUAAAAAUAUAUAUUUUUAAACACGCUUUAAUGAAAUGUACCGCACGAGUAAUGGCAGAAAUCCACGACUCCAGGAAGUGGGCCCGAGGCUUGCCAUAACGUCAGGGACCCUGGUGAUUUACAGCCAACGAAACCGGCUCACCCUGCCCCACUUUAACCGCUGGUGGUGAGUGGAGCGAGAGAUGUGAUGAGCCACUCUCUUCUGUGUUCAUCAAGAGACGGAGGCACCAUGAAGUGGGUCCUGGUCGCAGCGUUCAUCUCCCUUCUGCCUGUGACGUCUGCCGUGAAGCUGCAGCUCUCCCUGCCGGAGAGUGUGGAUGUGACGGAGGGAGAGAACGUGACUCUUCCCUGCUCAUUCUCCUCCCUGUCGACCGACUCGAGUGGCCUCUACAUCACGUGGCUCACGAUGCCCACACGCUACAUAAUCUAUGACUCUCUUCACGGGAAUAUCCGGCUUGGAAUAGCUGAGUUUGCGGGAGACAAGGAAAAGGGCGACUGCUCCCUCAGGCUCCUCAACGUCUCCAGGACCCUCAGCCCCGUGUUUAAGUGCCAUGUCAUUUGUACCAGCUGUGGGAAGGAUGACUUGUGGGAGGAAGGAGAGGUGAAGCUGAACGUGAAACCUGCAGCCCCACGGUCACACGGUGAGGGCGUGAGUGACUCUACCCUCAGCCCUCUAGAGGAGACCUCACACAAGGGAGGGGUGGUGGCUGCCUGGGUCCUGCCUGUCGCCAUCUUCAUCAUCUCCGUCAUCUCCGUCAUCUCCGUCAUCAUCAUCGUUGUCUUCGUCUGGAAGAAGAUUAAACGCCGUCGGUCUUCAGGGCCCUGCCGCCGCUAACGCAGUGGCAUUCCAUGCGUAGUCUCAGGAGAGAGUGCAGCAGAGGGAGGACAGCUGAUGGGACCUUCCAAAGGAGUUGUGGAAUGAGCGGCACCAUCACCCAGGUGUGAAGACCGGGGCCUCCCCAUCGUGAACGCUACUGAAUCCCGAGCAAUUUUACGCCGUUUCCAGCACUGCAUUUGGACUAGAGUUGUUUUGUUACUCGUAGUUUUGUUGCUUCUUCUGCCUCAAUCUCGUGAACAGUUUGACUCACAAGGAAGGGGGCUCGCUUUGGGGGCCUUGACAGGAGGGACCCCCCUAGGUGGUAGUCAUCCCGAGGAAGGGUGGGACCCCUAAGUGGCAAUAUAGACCCCGAGGCAGGAGGGGACCCCUCGGGUUGCAGUAGUGCUAUCGUCCAAAACGUCGGCAUGAGGGCAGGGCUAACACAAUGGCAGCUGUGAAGAUGUUUUGGUAAUCGCUGUCAAUCUGAUCAAAGUGCGUGGGAUCAAAACCGCUUGAUAUUUACAAUCUGCAGUUUACUUGAACACCCUCAUGGGCAGCAACAUCAGCAGCAGUGAAUUAUUUUGAGACGCGUGAACAACGUAACAUCUUUAGCGAUGUGCACAGAGACACGUUCCUCUGAAAACGGGUCGGCUCUGCCGCUCGGUCGAACCCACAGCGAGCCAGACCGAGCGUCUCCGUGCCGACCCCAGGGUUGUUGUGAGCUGGCCAGUGCGAUUACAUUUCCUGUGGCAGGGUCCAGUGAUUACGCAAUGCUGCCGCUCGUUCUACAUUCGCGUGGCCCAUCCGGUGGUCAUAACUAUUAUACACCAUUGCACUCGUACACAAACUCCCCUCCCCUGACAUCACAAAAGAACAGAGAUGGUUAUUUAUCAGCGUAACUCAUGCUAAUCCCCUGCCCAACCGCCCGCGACACCACACGGCCUACCGCAUGCCCCCCCCCCCCCCCGCUUGAUUCCUCCCCCCCUAACAGCCUAUAUAAACAUGUCUUUUAAUAACUCUCUUCAUACGCUUCAGUAAUUUUGCUGGAGCAGUCACACCUGAUGAAGGAUGCUUGUGUUGCUUCCGAAACGUCGUGAUUUAAUUUAUUUGUUUUCAUUUAAAUAUAUUUACUUAUUUUUCACCUACAUGACUUUACCGAAAAAAAACAAAGAGUAUGGAUCCUUGCAGUAACGAAAACUUCAAAUAUAGAAUCAUAACUCUGAUGUUGAUGAGUGAUGGUACCGAUCGAUGAUGUGUGUAGGGUACUUUACAUGUGUGCUGGUCAAGUUUUGAUGCAUCGACUGAUCGAUUGAGACGGUUUGUUACACUCGCAGUACUCGGCACUACUCGGCACGGUUCCCCGCCUCUCCCCAUUUCCACUCCUCCUUCAAGGCCCCCACCUCUUCUCCCUGUCCCCCAUCCUCCCCGUACCCAUCCCUGUCCCCCUCCCCUCUUUCCCCUCCUCUCACACGCCACCAAAAUCAGCUUUAGCUAACCUCCUUGUACCACGUGUAAAGUGCCUUGGAUAUAAGCUACGAUUACCUUACCAUUCGUGUAUUUUAAUGUAACGUUUGCACUGCAGCUGUUAGCAGUGGAAUAGAAUACACGAGCGAUUUGCCAAAGAAGAUUUUUUUGGAUGACAUCAUGAGUGUGUAGAGUCAUUUCCCGACUAUUGACUACGAUACUGCUACUGAUCAUGUACUGUUGCCAACCGUCUGUGCCUUGGAACUGCUAAAGUGUUGUACCAACUGUAUUGCCUUCAGCAACAAACCUCAGGGAAUUUUAUAUUGGAAGAGGGCACGCAUUGUUUUGGACACAAGCUAAUCUUAAUAGAUUUUUAAAAUCCCAUAUAUAUAUUCAAAUGAAGCCAGGCGGUAACGUCUUCAAAUGGGUCACGAAUGCAAUAUAUUUAUCUACGUUAAACAUUGUCACGUCGCCUAAGGUCUUCGCUCAAUUACCAGCUUCACAUUCCUUAUUGCCGUACAAAUACUGGAGGAAGGGCCUUUUCUAUUGAUGCCCCCAGGGUCUGGAAUGAUAUUGCCAAUAGACUGCAACUUGGAUCACUACCCGGGAGAUCUUCACUCAAAACUGCUCUAGAGGAGUUGUACACCCCUAGCUGCCACUGCUAUUCAGAAUGGCCUGAAAUCAAAUGUAUCGUUCCGGAUGACCGCUGCAAAGCAUGAUCCUGAGUUUUGAUUAUGGUGUGCUUAUCUUUAAAGGUGUAUUGAGAAAUGUAUUCUGCUACGGGUGCUCCUUCUGUUAUGGAGUGACUCAUGAAGCCAGUUGUGGGGUUUGGUCGUACAUGUUAUGCGCAUCGUUUGUUCGUGGAUUAGAAUCACAGUUCCUAGGAUCACUGUUACAUUGUUUUUGUGCCUUUAUUUUGGUGAUUUUUGAGGACGGUUUGGUCUUGCCAUGUUUUUUUGUUGUAGUACAGAGUUGGCCUGAUAACUUUAAUCUACAUUGUCUUAUGGGAUUUUUUUGCACACAGCGUGGAAAUACGGUGUUUUUUCUGGAGGACUUUGCUGUUUUUUCCAGGAUUUUUUCUGUUGCGUGUAGUCACUUUAAGAUGUUUCUUGUUCAUGUUUUUGUUUUGUUGCGGUUGCACCCGAGUGAAGAGCCGCAUGGCUCACAGGGUUCUACCUAAUACAUGAAACUGAAACAUU